GGGAACGCCGCAAACUGUCAGCCUUGCCGAGAGAACUUCGCCGCGAGUCCCGCCAGUCGCCGCGCAUCGCAAAACCCAUGAAGAGCGUCGUGAUUCUGUCCGCGGUGCUGUGCGUGGCUCUCGUCCACGCCAGCAUCCACCCGAAUGAGCACACGCGCCCUCGUCCUCGCCCCAAAACUCAAGCCAGACAUCUACCGCUAGCGAGGGUUCCUUUGAGGCUGAAGUCCCAGGAAGAAGUGACAAUAGAUGGGAUAAACACCACCAUCGGCCUGGCCUCAGCCUAUUACCUGAGCGGCCUCCUGGAUGCCAGCUGGAAUAUAAUGGGCAAGAUUGUGGACGUGCUGUUGGGAUCGGGGCAGGACGGCGAGGCUGACUACUUCGAGGUGAUCAGGACGCAAGUGCAGCAGGUGGUCGGCGACUACAUCGACGCCCACAACAUGGACCAACUCGAAGUGUACAAAGACAGUCUCGGCGUCCUCCUUCAGCGGUACAUGGAUGCGCCUGUGGAGAGCUCGACCUACCCGGACAAGAACACUGUAGCCAACUCCCUCUCCACCUCCAUCAUCUCCAACCGCUUCCUGGUGGAGGCGGGGGAGCGGCCGCAGUCCAUGAUCAUCCACUUCGCAGACAUCGCCUCCAUUCACAUUUUGGUGCUCAAGGACGCGGCCGACACCUACAGUGAUAUCGACGUAACGUCGCAGUGGUGGGUGGACCUGGACGACCAGCUCGACCAUUACAUCGACCACGGCAAGAGGCUGCAGAACGAGGUGGUGGACUGGCGCAACGACAUGAUUACGUGCACCAAAGACGAAGAUGGAAAGUAUGAGGAAUGGACAAUUGAUGACCCGGUGGCCAAGCUGACAGACACCUGCAAGCAGCUCACCGGCACGGCCAGCUGCGACGACCACUGCCAGGCCUACCAGAUCUCCAUGAACCGCGACGUGAGCAAGUUCGUGUGGCACUACAUGGGCAAGGCUCUGAGGGAAUGGGAAAGUCUCCGCCUGCUCUCCUCCAUCAUGGCAAACAAAGCACUCGGGAAGUAACGUUGUGACCCUUAUCUUCCUCUGUGCGUCCUUCUUUUUCUGGGGUCUGGUUAUGUUAUCAUUUUCAUGUUGGCUCCCCGUUCUAAUUAUUGCUCUUUAAGGGGGACCACGUUUGAUUAAAGCACCGCCGUGCCUAAAAAUAAAGACCUUGCAAUUA